AUGGCUGCCGCUGCUAUGAUUUCGAAUUCUUUGAUUCUGACGAGAAAUCCUCAAGGAGUCCAGUUCUCUCAAGGGUUGUCUUCUUCUUCUUCUAUAAAGCCGUUGGACAAACGUGUCUUCGGUGUUGGUCUUGGAAAACUGCGAGUAACUAGCUCCAGAACUAGUGGAAGAUCACUCACAGUUCAAGCUGCUGCUUAUAGUGAUGACGGAAGGCCAAGCAAUGCAAGCAUUUUUGUUGGUGGAUUUGUUUUGGGAGGACUUAUAGUUGGUGCUCUUGGAUGUGUAUAUGCACCUCAGAUCAGCAAGGCAUUAGCUGGCACUGACCGGAAGGAUCUUAUGAGGAAGCUGCCCAAAUUCAUCUAUGAUGAAGAAAAAGCUCUGGAGAAAACACGAAAAAUAUUAGCGGCGAAGAUUGAACAGCUGAACUCGGCCAUUGAUGAUGUUUCCGCCCAACUCCGACCAGAAGAUGCUCCAAAUGGCGCCAGUGUGCAUUCUGAAGCUGCCAAAUGA